UCAUGCACUCCAUGUUUAUCACAAGAUGUUUUAACAUUAAUGUUCAGUCAACGCUAAAUAUGUUGUGUGUGUAGAUGUACGAAGCACUGCGCAAGUUCACACACAAAAUGAAAAACUGGCACCAAGUUUUCGUUAUAGCUGCUCUAAUUUCACAUAGCCACGAAUUAUGCAAAGUUCAUAUUAAUACAUUGAACUUUUUGCAAUACGAUUAUUAUGAGGACCUCAAUGACACCGACUUUUUGGAUGAAAGAAUUUUAGUGGUGUGCACAAACAUAUCGUCUAUCUCUUAUAUCCACCAACACAUUAAUUCUUCACACAGUAAGCAUUUGAAUAUUACAAGUUCUCACAUUCCCACUAUUGCACCACAAGCGUUCGGCAAAUUCCCAGAAUUAAUCAAAUUAUAUUUGAGUAACAUUCACAUUAAAACGAUAUUAGAGGGAGCAUUUGAUAAUUUAACAAAACUUGAAGAACUACAUCUGGACCACAAUGAAAUAGUAGAAGUGAAGAGCCAAGUUUUCAAAGAUCUGCAUCAACUGAAAGUUUUAUAUUUAGAUAACAAUAGAAUCGUAACAGUGGAUAAAACUGCACUUUUAGGUGUUGACAACUUGGAAGUGCUAAACUUAAAAAACAAUCUGAUUACUAGAAUAGAAGAAGAACUUUUAGUGAAACAGUUACGCUUACGAGAACUAGAUCUAUCCGGAAAUCCUAUAAAAAAUAUUAGUCAUAUCUUACCCACUUCUUUGCAACGAUUAUAUUUAAUGAAAAUUCCUUUAUCUGAAAUCAAUUUUAAUAUUUCAUAUCUAACACUCGAUACACUAAAUGUGAAAUACGGCCAGCUUUCUAAAAUUGACUGUGCUCUUCUUCCCACCACGAGAGUAUUAGAUCUGUCUGACAAUAAAAUUUCAACUAUAGCCAAUCUGCAAUUCCUUCGAGCCUUAAAUCUAAAUUUGAAAAACAACAACAUUCGAAUGAUAGAUGGGGUAUUUCCUAGUACAGUUUCAAGUAUCCAGAUCAGUGGUAACAAGUUAGAAACUCUUGAAUUACCUUUCAAUAAGUCCAGAAAACUUCUCCAUUUACAAAUUAGUAGCAACAAACUUUCAAAAAUAAAUCAAAACGCUUUUGAAGGUUUGUCAGCACUCCUUUCGUUGACCCUUGACAACAAUAACAUAACCACAGUGGAGAGAGUAUGGUUUAAAGAUUUAAUAUAUUUGGUUAACCUCAAUUUGUCUCACAACAAUAUUGAACAAUUUAAAUUCGGGACAUUUGACUCUUUGAAAGAUUUGGAAAUUUUAGAUUUAUCAUACAACAAGAUCACGUCCCUUGAUACUUUACAUUCACUGAAUAAACUUACUAAGCUUUACUUUGAUGGUAAUCAGAUUUCGAACUUGAACAUGGAAGAAAUGAGAAUGUCGUUCAGACGAUUACAAUUACUUUCACUAGACAAAAAUUCCUUUUCGUGUCAAAAACUAAUCAAAAUUCAGCAUCAAUUAAAAUAUUCGGGUGUAGUUAUUAAGCACGGUACAAGCUAUCACAGCGAUCACUUUCACGGGAUUUUGUGUAACAACAGCAAAAACAAUGAUACAAGUGUGUCGAGUAAAGUUUUGAAGAACGGUUCUGUAAAGCCAUCAGGAUUUCCAGAUUUCUUCAACGGUGACUUCAACAGAACGAAAUUCGUUCAGUUUUUUGAAGACGGUUAUAGAAGUAGCAAUUUUUUCAAAUCGUUAAAUGAAACGUCCAACAACGGUUUAUUAAUAUUUAGUAGUGUAAUUCAAUUGAUCGUGUCAAUUUUGUUACUAGUUUUAAUCGGAUUUAUAUUUUUCUAUUUCAAGAAGGUUAAGACUGGUUAUAGAUCUGACAGCUCAUCACUAAUGGAAUUAACGUAGUGAAAAAAUAAAUGUACUUUUGACAA